AUGAUCUGUCGACGGGACUUUCCCAUUGCACUAAUCUACAGAGGGGUGCUGUGGGGCAUCAGAGUGACCAGCGUGGCAGCCGUUGUUUAGGUGUCCUGACUUUUUUUUUUUACGGGGAUAGUUUUAAUAUCACAGAACUGUCAAAAUGUCUAGCAAAAGGGCUAAGGGAAAAACCACCAAAAAGCGCCCCCAGCGGGCCACGUCAAACGUGUUUGCCAUGUUCGACCAGUCCCAGAUCCAGGAAUUCAAAGAAGCCUUUAACAUGAUUGAUCAAAACCGUGACGGCUUCAUUGAUAAGGAGGAUCUGCAUGACAUGUUGGCCUCGUUAGGUAAGAACCCCACAGAUGAAUACCUCGAAGCGAUGAUGAAUGAAGCCCCUGGUCCCAUUAACUUCACCAUGUUCCUCACAAUGUUUGGAGAGAAACUUAAUGGCACAGAUCCUGAGGAUGUUAUCAAAAACGCAUUUGCUUGUUUUGAUGAAGAGGGAACGGGUUUUAUUCAGGAGGACUACCUGAGGGAGCUCUUGACCACUAUGGGAGACAGGUUCACAGAUGAAGAAGUAGACGAGCUAUUUAGAGAGGCCCCUAUUGACAAGAAAGGAAACUUCAACUACGUAGAAUUCACACGCAUCCUGAAACACGGUGCUAAAGAUAAGGAUGAUUAGGACAAGGCCGAGCACUACUGAAACUAAUGAAAACUACACUGUAACACUACAAACAUGUUUAAUUGUCUUCUUUUCCCCACAUUCAUGGGCUAGUGCAAAGGGAUACAUUCAUCAGCAAGGUAAAAUCAUUUGACUGUACUGGACCUCCUCUUAAACAGUCUCUUAAGUAGACUUGUACAUAACUAUGAAAUACAUAGACAUGUAAUCUGUGGUAAACCUCAAAGUGAAUGAAUGCUGUUCUGGUAUGUAUAUGUUGAGAAAUAAAUUCUGGAAUUAUUCAAUGUA